AGCAAACUCCUCCCGGACAGGGCGACAGGGACCAGGGGACCAGGGACAGGGGAUCGGGAAUCCAUGACACCCGCGCUGCUGCUGCUGCUGUUGAUCCUCGGCUCAGGCUGUUAUGUCGCUGGGCUGGAUCACAAUGACACUGACUCUGGGAAAGGUGGGCUUCGAUCGUCUAGGGACGGUAGCGACAACGGUGGCUUCGAGGUCACCACCAGCACUGAGGUUGCUGCGAGUGCCACGCCUUCUACCAGCGAGCCGUCCUCCAGGGCUGAGGAGGACUACUCAGAAGAGGAUGACACUGAACUGGCAACGCUGGGCUACAUCGUAGAUGAGUCUGUCAGAGUUGAACAGGUAGUGAAACCUAAGAAAAACAAGACACAAGGCGAGAAGACUUCAGAUAAACCCAAAAGAAAGAAAAAGGGAAACAAAAAUGGAAAAAACAGAAGAAACAAGAAGAAGAAAAAUCCAUGCAUGGCAGAGUUUCAAAACUUCUGCAUUCACGGGGAGUGCAAAUACCUGGAGAACAUGGACAAAGUGACUUGCCAAUGUGACCAGGAUUACUUUGGAGAAAGGUGCGGAGAGAAAUCCAUGAAGACUCACAAGAUUGCUGGCCACGACCUGUCAAAAAUCGCACUGGUGGCCAUUGCUGCUUUUCUCUCUGCCUCCAGCCUCACAGCCAUCGCAGUGGUGAUCACAGUCCAGCUUCGGAAGCGAUACUUCAGGGAAUAUGAAGGAGAAGAAGAACGGAAGAAACUUCGACAAGAAAAUGGCACUACACAUGGCAUGGCAUAACUGAGAAUGACACAGGACAUCAGAUCGGAAGCCUCCCCCUUCUCAGAGUAAACCAUGAGCUGGUCUCCUUUCGGUGAAGAAAAGGGAAACUUCUGGUGGCCACGUCACUUUUUAUUAGAAGUGUUUUUUCUGUACAUAAAGAGAUGUGUGGAGAUAAAGAGUAUUUUUUCAAGUUGUAAAUAAUUUAUUUAAUAUUUAAUGGAAGUGUAUUUAUUUUACCACUCAUUAAACUUUUUUAAUGAAACAGA